UUGUAUUAGGGUAGGGUCAAACCAAUGCGGUUAGUCAUUACGGUUAGUUGGUCGUGGUGCAGCAACCAGCUGAAAUACCCGUACCCACACGGUGGUUUCGUUUCGUUCUGUGGCAUAAACGGCGACGACCGGCCCGCUUCAUUCAGUCUUUGGCGAGAUUUUAUCGUGUGCGGACGUGUCUGCAGCUGAGUUACGAACUUAAAUCCGAAUUCCGAACUCCAAAACCAAAACCCCGCUCGUUACUCACACGAUUUUAGAUGCAGUUUUCUAACGUUUGGCGCCACAACCAAAAGACUUUGAGACUCUGAUUCGACUUAUUUAAAUGAAAUCAUCGCUUGCCACAUACUAAAAGUGCCAAACAAAAAACACAAGUUUAUCACAAUGAGUCCAACAUGGAUGAAGACGGCGGCCUGGCUGCUGGGGUUCUACUGCCUUCUGUGCGUCGCUUCGAUGGCCCAGGGUGCCAGCAAUUCAGGAGCAGUUGCAACGCGAGUCUUGGCCAAGGAUGUGGCCCACUUGCACAAGACCAAGAGGCUGGACAAGCGACUGGGAACGGGAUCUGGUCCUCUGACACCAAUCAAACAGCCCAAACAACUGGCCAGAAGUGCUCACGGCCUCAACAAGAAGAUGCUCAGCCAGAUGGGCUUCAUGAAGGUGAAGGCGCCCAACAGCCACAACAGGAAGCGACUGGCGGUUGAGUCACGACGCCAUUCUUCGCGCGAUGAUUCACACAUGUUCAUCAUCAAAUUGCCGCCAAAUAUGCACUACUAUGCAGGACCCGGUGCGAAGAAUUCUGUGGCGGAUCAGCAGGACAAGUCUGGCAAAGGUAACGCACCCAGCAAGAUGACAGCGGCAGCACCAACAUCAGCGGACACACGAGCAACAUCAAGCACUCCAGCAGCAACAUCGCUUGUUGCCGAGGCGUCGGCGUUGAAAGCUAACGGGAAAAAGGUCUCGUUUCCCUUCAGCUCGAAUGGCCGGCCCGGUCGCAUCUACCACUGGAACCUCCCCGUCCUGAAGGAAGCUCUCUCUAAAAAGCCCCACUUUGCCCACGUCUCGGCAGCGGAUCGAAAUAGGUUGUUGGACAUACAAAGUGUGCCCACCUGGCGCCAACCCUGGGAAAAUGAGACCGCCGAGAAGGGUUUCAGUGCGGGUGGCGGAAAGGCCAAGUACCGCAAGUCCCUCAAACCAAAAUCUCCUACGUACUAUGCACCUGCCCAAGCGGUAAGCAAACAAAGCUUCCACAAGUACUUCGCCGGCAAUGGUAAGCCCAAGGGCUUCUACGUCAUCAAGGAGCACCAGAAUAAGCCGCAGUUCUAUCAGAACAUCAUAUCGUAAUCCAGAUUAAUUGGGCCUCCUAAAUACCCUCGAAAGACUGUGGUGCCGGGCGUUCUGCUUUUAAUCUUUUAACCAGGGGUUUCCCCUCUUCCGUCCAAUUUCCACUUGGAAUCCUUUCUGAGUUAAUCCCGACUAUAUUUGAGCACUCCAGCAACUGUUUAACAAUUGCGAGGAGUAAAGUCUAUUUUUAUACAACGGCAAUGAAUACAAUAACAGAUGGGCUGGUCCAGCGAGGAGGGUAUGCCGUAUAUCAAUCAAUAAGUUAAACCAGCACAGGAAAGGUCAAUCUUAAUUUAUUAUUUUAGUAGCUUCAUUUGAGAUUUAAACAAUAAUUCGAUAAAAACGUUACCUAAUAAGAUAUUAAGGUAGUCUGAAAUAUGCAUUUUAGUUGAAAUUUUAAAAUGCCAACGAACAAAAUUAUCCCGAAGUAUCGCACAACCUGUUUUAUUCACUAAGACAAAUCAAGCAAUAAUACUAUGGACUUAAAGUCUGCCAUUAAAUUUUGAAUAUGUUAAAUUGACCUGGAGACAUAUCUGUUAGCCUAAGCCUUGUGAAGGGGAAUCCCUCCGAAUGACCAGCCUAAACUGCAUUUAGCUAAGCAUCUACGGCAAGCAAUAAAUUAUGGCAUAUAUCAAGCUAGGUUUAAGUGCAUGAACGAUUUUGUUUUGAUAAAUAAAUAUUGACUGAUUUUUAA